AUGGCUGUAGACACCAUGAACUCAACUUCAUUAGCGGAUGAUUCGUAUUCACCCAAGAAUUCGACUUUUUUUGUACCAUAUGUUGUCAACAUAUUCUUGAUAUGGAAAGGUGUAGAUCAACCCUACAGAAAUGCAGAUAGGCUUUUAAAAAGCAUUGAUAUGUCAAGCAACCAUCUUACAGGGGAAAUACCAAUGGAAAUUGAGUAUUUAAUUGGAUUGAUUUCAUUAAAUUUGUCAAGAAACAAUCUCAGUGGGAAAAUAAUUGCAAACAUAGGAAACUUCAAGUCACUUGAAUUUCUUGAUCUGUCAAGAAACCGUCUUUCAGGCAGAAUUCCUUCCAGUCUAGCUCAUAUUGAUCGUCUCACUUGGUUGGACUUGUCAAACAAUCAACUAUAUGGAAAAGUUCCAAUUGGAAGGCAGCUUCAGACAUUUAGCGCUUCAAGUUUUGAAGGAAAUUAUAAUCUUUGUGGAGAACCACUUGAUAUAAAAUGUCCUGGAGAAGAUUCACCAAAACAUCAAGUGCCGACAACUGAUGCAGAAGAUGACAAUUCAAUAUUUUUGGAAGCAUUAUAG